AGGAGCAGUGGGAAGCUGAAGGACGAGUGGGAAGGGGCCACAACCCCAGGCCGAGGCUGUGUUCUGAACGACUGAACCCAAGCUGUUGUUACUGAAAGAGGGGGUACCUCAGAGGGCACCUCAGACUUGGCAAGGCUCUUGUGCUCUGGAUGCCCCCUGAUCUGAGGAGCCUGCUGCUGAGAACCAAAGAAGAUAAGAGGCCAGACACCUUCCCCACUCAUCGGCUGAGUGGAGUCAGGCAGCUGCACCCCUAGUGGCUGGCCGCUGAGUCUGGUGAGGAGUUUUUUUGUUUCCUUCCAGCUUGCGGCUUCAGUGCUUGAUGGGGCUGCCUGUUGGUGGAUCAGUUUGUGCACUGCCUGGUGGGAGCAGAGAGCCGUGGAAAGAGGUGCCGUGGCACCCAAGCCUGGACUCACCCCAAGACUAAUUUCUUUUACAAGCUAAAGAGGGGGAGAGAGCAGGUGGAAAAAAGAGAGGAGAGUACACCCCCUUCCCCUCCACCCUACCCGUCAUGUCCUCCAAGCCGGAGCCCAAGGAGGUCCACCAGCUGAACGGGACUGGCCCUACAACCUCUCCCUGCCCUGCAGAUGGCCCCAGACGAGAGUCCUUGACCGGGACCUCAGAGUUCCUGGGGCCUGAUGGGGCUGGGGUAGAGGUGGUGGUGCUUGAGUCUCGUGCCAACGCCAAGGGGGUUCGGGAGGAGGACGCCCUACUGGAGAACGGGAGCCAGAGCAACGAAAGUGACGACGUCAGCACAGACCAUGGCCCCGCACCACCCUCCCCGCUCAAGGAGACCUCCUUUUCCAUCGGGCUGCAAGUGCUGUUCCCCUUCCUCCUGGCAGGCUUUGGGACUGUGGCAGCCGGCAUGGUGUUGGACAUUGUGCAGCACUGGGAAGUCUUCCAGAAGGUGACUGAGGUCUUCAUCCUGGUACCUGCUCUGCUGGGGCUCAAGGGGAACCUCGAAAUGACCCUGGCAUCUCGGCUGUCCACCGCAGCCAACAUUGGGCACAUGGACACUCCCAAGGAGCUCUGGCGGAUGAUCACCGGGAACAUGGCCCUCAUCCAGGUGCAGGCCACGGUGGUGGGCUUCUUGGCAUCCAUUGCAGCCGUUAUCUUUGGCUGGAUCCCUGAUGGCCACUUCAGUAUCCCGCAUGCCUUCCUGCUCUGUGCCAGCAGCGUGGCCACGGCCUUCAUCGCCUCCCUGGUGCUGGGUAUGAUCAUGAUUGGAGUCAUCAUUGGAUCUCGAAAGAUUGGGAUCAACCCAGACAAUGUGGCCACACCCAUCGCUGCCAGCCUGGGUGACCUCAUCACCCUCGCACUGCUCUCAGGCAUCAGCUGGGGACUCUACCUGAAACUGGAUGCCUGGCUGUACAUCUAUCCGCUGGUGUGUGCCUUCUUUGUGGCCCUGCUGCCUGUCUGGGUAGUGCUGGCCCGGCGAAGCCCAGCCACAAGGGAGGUGUUAUACUCGGGCUGGGAGCCUGUCAUCAUUGCCAUGGCCAUCAGCAGCGUGGGAGGCCUCAUCCUGGACAAGACCGUCUCGGACCCCAACUUCGCAGGCAUGGCUGUGUUCACACCUGUGAUUAAUGGUGUUGGAGGCAAUCUAGUGGCCGUCCAGGCCAGCCGCAUCUCCACCUUCCUACACAUGAAUGGGAUGCCAGGGGAAAACUCUGAACAAGCUCCUCGCCGCUGCCCCAGUCCUUGUACCACCUUCUUCAGCCCUGAUGUGAAUUCUCGCUCGGCCCGAGUCCUCUUCCUCCUCGUGGUCCCAGGACACCUGGUGUUUCUCUACACUAUCAGCUGUAUGCAGGGUGGACACACCACUCUCACACUCAUCUUCAUCAUCUUCUACAUGACAGCUGCACUGCUCCAGGUGCUGAUUCUCCUCUACAUCGCAGACUGGAUGGUGCACUGGAUGUGGGGCCGGGGACUGGACCCAGACAACUUCUCCAUCCCGUACUUGACAGCCCUGGGGGACCUGCUUGGCACGGGGCUCCUGGCUCUCAGCUUCCAUAUCCUCUGGCUCAUUGGGGACCGAGACACAGAUGUUGGGGACUAGUUUGGUCACUCGGUGUUCCCCCUCAUCCCUCUGCACUUUCUAUUUGA